AUGCGUUUCGGCAAGACAUUGAAGAAAUCGAUCUACGAGCCGUGGGCCUCCAACUACAUUGACUAUGCAAAGCUAAAGCAGCUUCUUCGGGAAGAUGAUCCUUCAGAGGAAGAAUACGGAGAGUGGACCGAGGAUGAUGAGGGUAGAUUCGUGGAGGAACUCGUCAAUGUUCAGCUAGAAAAGGUCAAUGCCUUCCAAGCCGAGACGUACACACGCCUCCGUGAGCAAACCUCCGAUUGCGAGACUCGACUUGAAAAAGAAGCAGGAUCAGAGACAAAGGGCGAGGAGGCUUCGGGUCAGAAUCAUGACCAAGACGAGAAGCACGACGAGAAGCAGGACGAGAAGCAGGAUGAAAAGAAGGAUGAGAAGAGCCAGGAAGACGGCAAGCUGCAACAGGUGCUCAAGGAGCUGGACGGCAUCAUGAAGGAAAUCAACGAGCUAGAGAAGUACAGCCGUAUCAAUUAUACCGGCUUUCUGAAGGCUGUAAAGAAACACGACCGAAGACGCGGGUCAAAGUAUAAGAUCCAAGUCUUUGGCAGGGACUACAAGCGGCAAAGAGACUUACACAUCACACAAAUGCAAGUGGCCUGCCAAAACCAUCGUGCAAAGGCAUCCAUGCUGACUAUGACUUCAGUCUGGGUACACCCUGAGAAUCUCCUCGAAGUCAAGACGUACAUUCUGCGCCGCCUUCCGGUCCUAGUUUAUAACCUCCGGACAUCCAAGGUUGUGGAAAGUGGCCAGUCCGACCCUACCAUAACUUCAUUAUACUUUGACAACCCCCAAUUUGCCCUUUAUAAUAAGAAAGUCGAAAAGACUUCAAAUGCUUCCUCUUUAAGGCUCAGGUGGUUUGGCCAGCUUGAUGAAAAGCCUGAAAUCUUCUUCGAAAAGAAGACACUCGAAGAAAGCGGAGAUAGCGAAGAUUCCCGCUUCCCUAUCAAGCAGAAGUAUAUUCAACCCUUCAUCAAAGGCGACUACAGGAUGGAGAAGAGUGUAGAGAAGCUCCGAGAUCGGGAAGGCACCGAAGGCAAUGGCGUUGCCAGCCUCCAGCGGAGUGUCGAAGACAUUCAACAGUUUAUUAAGGAUUACGAGCUGCAACCUGUGCUGAGAGCUAACUACACUCGCACGGCGUUCCAGAUUCCUGGCGAUGACAAGGUGCGAAUAUCCAUCGACACCAAUGUGGCUUUCAUUCGAGAAGACUCGCUUGAUGAAGAUCGACCGUGUCGAGACCCCGAGGACUGGCAUCGUGGGGAUAUUGACAGACUUGGCAUUAAGUACCCCUUCUCCGCAGUCAGGCAAGGAGAGAUCUCAAGAUUCCCACAUGCGCUCCUAGAGAUCAAAGUGAAAGAUGGUUCCAGCAAGAAGACCAAUGACUGGGUGUCGGAAUUAAUGUCGUCACAUCUCCUCAAAGAAGAACCAAGAUUCUCAAAAUUCGUUCAUGGGGUGGCCCAGCUUUUUGAAGAUCAAGUCAACAGCUUCCCCUUCUGGCUAAGCGAUUUGGAGACAGACAUUAGGCAAGAUCCCGUGGCUGCCUUCCAAGAGGAGCAAGAGAAGAAGGCCAAGCAAGCGGAAGACCAAACAGCGGUCGGCAGUUUUCUUGGAUCAAAGUCCGUCCCUUCGUUCAAAGCUGCGGUAGGAUCCCCAGCAGGUAAAACAGCCACCGACUUUGGGAAACGAGGAUCAAAGACCGGCACCGAAGACGUCGCUGAAGAGGCCGACACUGACGAUGAAACCGAUCAGCCAACUCAUUCGGAGCCCGGCGUUCUUUCCGGUCUUCUUUCCUUGUCGCCUUUCUCGAAUUCCAAGUAUGCACGCGCACAUCGACAAGGAUCGGUGCAGUUGCCUCCUGGAGUCAGAGAACCUGGCAAGCUCAUUAAAGAUAUGAACCCAGUCCGAGUGGAGCCUAAAGUGUGGCUUGCAAACCAGCGGACAUUCAUCAAGUGGCAGCACGUAUCGGUGCUGCUGGCUUCCCUAUCUCUCGGUCUGUACAACGCGGCUGGAGAAUCCAACAACGUCGCUCGGGCCUUGGCAGUUGUCUAUACUCUGAUUGCGCUCUUUGCUGGAGCCUGGGGGUGGUGGAUGUAUAUCGUCCGCAGUCGGAUGAUUCAGGAGCGUAGCGGCAAGGAUUUCGACAACGUGAUAGGUCCAAUUGUCGUUUGCAUUGGACUUGUCAUCGCUCUAUGUCUCAAUUUUGGGUUCAAGUAUCAAGCAGCAUCGGAACAGAAGGGACAUGACGACCCUGCAAGUCAGAUAUUGGGUUUGUUAGAUUUGGCGACCGGGAACACGUCUGACUGGACCACAGCCAUACAUCAGGAGUUGCGCUGA